AUGCCGCGUUCCCGCCGAGCCGCGCGCCGUGGCCCCGGCGGCGCCCGGGCGGGCUCGCCCACCAGCGAGGAGGAGGCCGGCAGCGAGGUGCUGAGCCACUGCAGCAGCGCCAGCGAGGGGGCCAGCCCCGCCGAGGAGGGCGCAGGGAGUGAGGCGGCGGGUGAGCAAGGCCAGGAGGAGGAGGCGGAGGACAGGCUGAAGGAGCACAUGGACAACCUCCUGGACAAGAGUGCCAAGACGCGGCAAGCGGCACUGCAGAGCCUGCGCCUGGCCUUCUCCUCCAGAACCCUCUCUGAGUUCCUGCUGGAGCGCCGCCUCAUGCUCACUGACUCCCUGGAGAAGUGUCUCAAGAAAGGUAAAGGGGAGGAACAGGCACUAGCGGGCACCGUCCUCACCCUCCUCUGCCUCCAGAUGGGCUCCGGCCCAGAGGGGGAAGAGGUGUUCCGCAGCCUGAAGCCCUUGCUCAUCAGCGUCCUGACAGACAGCACGGCCAGCCUUGGUGCCCGGCAGAGCUGUGCCACGGCCCUGGGCAUGUGUUGCUACAUUGCCGCUGCUGACCUCGAGGACCUGGUCUCAUGCCUGUCCUGCUUGGAGGGUGUCUUCAGCCCCACAAGCGCAGGCGAGGGGGGCUCAGCACCCACCCAGCACGGCCCUCUGCACUGCAGUGCACUCCAGUCGUGGUCCCUGCUCCUCACCAUCUGUCCCCCCUCCCACAUCAAGAGCAUCUUGGACAAUCGCUGGCUGAAGCUGCCCCCGCUGCUGUCUAGCAGCAGCGUCGCGCUGCGCAUCCUGGCUGGGGAAACCAUCGCACUGGUCUUCGAGCUGGCCCAGGACAUGGAGGAGGACUUGUGCCACCAAGAUACAGAGUUCCUGCGUGCCCAGCUCAAGGUCCUGGCUACCGAGAGCAACAAGUACCGAGCCAAGAUGGACCGACGGAAGCAGCGCUCCAUCUUCCGGGACAUCCUGCGCUUCAUUGAGAGCGGGGAGUACCAGGAGGAGACCAUCCGAUUUGGCUUGGAGUGCAUGUACCUGGACAGCUGGGCACGCCAGCGGACCUACCAAGCCUUUAAAGAGGUGCUGGGCUCUGGCAUCCGCCACCACCUCCAGAACAGUGAGCUGCUACGGGAGAUCUUCGGCCUCGGGCCCCCCUUGGUGCUGGAUGCGGCUGCUCUGAAAGCCAGCAAGGUCUCCCGCUUCGAGAAGCACCUCUACAACUCGGCUGCCUUCAAAGCCCGCACGAAAGCCCGGAGCCGGGUGCGGGACAAGCGGGCGGACGUGCUGUGAUGGGCGGAGGGGGGCAGAGCCCCUGGCCCACCUGGACUGCAGACCCAGCACUGUGAGGGGCAGGUGCCCCCGCCCUCGGGCUUUUAUUCAUGUACAGCAGAGUAUUUAAUGCCUGGAGCUGCCCCGCCGGGGGCUGCCCCCUCUUUUAUUUUUUUAACCAAAAAGAAAGAAGGAUAAAAGAAGAGCAGGGGGGGAGGUGGUGGCGUGCUGCUGUGUGCCUGCUCUGCGGCUGGGGCUCCCUGUGGCAGGGUGGGAGGGGGUCUCACAGAGCUCCUGCAGCCCCUUUUGGAGGCAGGGCUCAUGUCCCCUCUCCCUGGUCCUGUGGGGGCACUGGGGUGGCCUGGCACAGCCUGAAGGGCUGGGUGGGAGGGCAGUGCUCUGCAGGGCUGCAGGACGGCUGGCCCUGGUGUCUGUGCCUGUGGCAGGAGUGCUCCCCCUGCUCCCCCAUGCCAUGCUGGGCACAGCCCCUGCUUCCACAGCUGGCCUGGCACCCAGGGGUGGUGGCAGAGCGGUGCAGGGUGGCAGGUGCUGCCCAGCCCUGCCAGCUGCCCGCUCUGAGCCCUUUUCCAGCCAAAUGCUUUAUAUGUAAUAGUCCUCUUGUGGGAAAUUAAGUAUGGGGGGGUGGCGCAGCAGGCAAGUCCCGGUGCUGCCCGUGCAGCCUUGGGGGCUGCAGCCUGGGCGGGCAUGGGGCCACGCUAGCUGGGAGUGCCUGCCACCCCAGGAAUGUAUCUAUGGUGGUGAUUUUCUAAGACUUUGAUUAUGGGAGGUAAUUAAAAGGCUAAUUGGAGGGUG